UCGAAAUUUAAGUUAUCAUAGAGUUGUGUUGACGUUAAGUUUAGAGAAGGCGUGGAAAACGCGGAAACCACACAAGCGAAAGGCAUUUGAAGUUCCAAAACUGUAAAAAUCGUUUGCGACGCGCAGUAACCAAUUGGUUGAAAAAAAGUUGAUUGUAAACUAAUUGGCGAAAGUGAUAUCUUUAAUAAUUCAAAAGUGCAACGAUUGAUACUAUUUCAAUACCGAAAUAAUUCAAGUUAAAUAGAUAGAUCAUCGCUAUUGUCUUAAAUUGCCGUUUUUGGUGUAACGUGUCGACAGAAGUUGGAAUGUGAAACGAAAACGAGACGGCAUUUAAUAUACAAAAGUGAUGACAAACGCAUUAUAAAGGCCAUUAAACUAUAGUGUUAUAUUGAAUAUACCUUAUAUAAAACCAAUUGCAAUAGAAAAUAAAUUUCUGUUACAACUAAAUCAUCCGUACAAAUCGUUAAAACAUAAGUGAAAAUUUAUUAACAAGAUAUCAAUACUCGGGAAUCAGUUUCUUCGGCAAUUGUCCGAGUAACGGUAGACCUUGUGUGGUUAAGGAGUUGAAAAUAUCGGUGUGUUGAAUGUGAAAAGAAUGUACAUUACUCUUGAUUCUACUAGAUUAAGCUAAAAAAACAAAAGUUCAAAUAACGGAUCGUUUUGCUUGUUUAUCUCAGUUAAAAAUUGGUGAAUUAUAAAGCCAGAUUUUAAGUGAAAAUCAAAACAAUAAAUGGUAAUUGCGUUGGGGCUCCUUUACAAAGGCAAAAAUAAAGUGGAAACGAUUUUCGGUAAUUGUGCAAAUUAAACAUAUCUUAACGAAAAUAGCAAUUCCAUAUUGCGUACGAAGGAGAAAAGUGUCUGGAAUAACAAAAUUUGGCUUGAUAAUCCUAUUUUAGGGAAAUAAAGAAAAUCGUUAAUUGUCUGCCAUUUUGCAUUCGUAUACGAAAGAAAUACUUAUACACAUGUAUAAGAAAAAUACGACUUUAUUGAAGACGCAGCAGGAAUAUCGUACAUGRUAGAGUGAGAGCAAUAGUGAAUCAAAUUAAUUGUCAGUUCAUGAGAAACUAGAGCUUCGUUAAGUGGCAAGAUUGCAGUGCUUUAGCCAAUAAGAAGAGUGCUGUGAAAAGGUUUACUAAGCGAAAAGACCCUAACUAGAUGUACCGCCGGAGCCAUUCACGAAAAGAAGGACCAUUCAGAAGGACUAAGAUACGAAGAAGACGAAGAAGCGUAAGCUUAUGAAUAAAGUAGCUAAAAAAAAGCUUAAAACAAACCGGAAAAAUCAACAGACUGAUUAUCAAUACAAAACAAAAUUAUAUAUAAAAUUUAUGUAUAUGUUUAUACAUAGCAAUAUAUAUAAUAACUAUAUGUAUGUAAAUGUAAAUAAGAAAGAAAACAUAGAAAGAGAAUAACAUAAAAAUUAAGAAUAAAAACAGGAAGAAGCAGAAGGAAGGACGGUGAGUUUGAUGCUGAUAAAAGGGAGAAAAGCUUUGGGAAUGCAGGCAAAUAUUCAAUCAGASAGCAGUGCCGCAUGUAAAUAGAUUUUCUACUUAAAUUGACAACAAAAGAGCAAAGAACUGCAAACUUUGUAAACGGAUAAACUCAAAUUAACGUUGAUUUUAUUGUGUGUGAUAUUUAAAAAAUAAGCAUUACUUUAAACACAAAAAAUUGAAGAGGCAAAAACAGUGCGUAAAAUUAUUACAAAAAUUAGAUAAGGAUACAAAUAAAAAAGAGCUGCAUUAAGGAAGGAACGGAACGCUGAAUAUCUUAAAAUGACAUACUCGCACAAUAGCGUUAGUAAUAAUUUUAAAAUGACAACAACCGCAGCCGCAGAUGCGACGACAAUUCGCUUAAAAAAAAUAUCUAAUGGAGGUGGAGUUGGUAAUGUAAGCCGCAACACACCGACAACUACUUUAAAUGUAACAGCACAUUCCAACAGUAUUGCUGGCAGUACAAAUUACCAAUCCUAUUACCAACAACAAGUUUUAAGUUCUUCACCACCCGGUUGUGCAAUGUCAUCGGGUGCUUCCACCUCAUCUACGAGUAGUGAUUCCUCGCUGGGUUCUAGUGGGUUUGGCAGUGGAAACAAUUCGUCGCGUCAACGUAAGCAACAGCAGCGUAAACAGCAGCAAAAUCAACAACAUCAGCAACGCGAUUCGCCACCGCUUUCAAGUGGCAUAGAAGGCGCAGUUUUCUUUAGUAAUAAUAAUAAUCAUUACCAAUCGCAACAUGGUGGCAGACGUGGAGGUAGCGCUCAUAAGCUGAGUGAUGGUCAAAAAUCACCUCACUGUCAGCAGCAACAAGCCCGUCAAUCGCCAGCUGUUAUAUUAGGUGGCGGUGAAAAUCCCAUUGCAAUUAAUAGCAACAGCGGUAGUGCUGGUCGCAAGACUCGCGCAAAAUUCGCAAUGAUUAGUAGCCCAUUAUUUGGAAAGAUAUCGCCAACACAACUGGCAUUGCCUACUGCGUUGACGCAUUUCGCUGGCAGCAAAUGCUUUGAUGCCCCGUCGCCUACAGCAUUACCAAAACCACCACAGCAUUGGACCCUGGGCAAGGCGGAACAUAAAGCAACCAGCAGUGCUGGACCCGGUCUACACAGUGUAACAACAGCGCGCAAUCCAGCACUGGCAGCUGAUGCACAUACCUGUGGUGGCCACGUUGUUAAGCAUUCAAAGCGUAAUUUGCUCGACGAUUUCGACACGCACAACUUGAAGUUGUUGUUAAAUGUGCAAUCAUAACCGCUACGCACUCCGAAUAGUAUCCGUACAGCAGUAUAAAUUAAUUCACCAUUUAUCUAGUGAUCAUCAAACAAAUAUAUUAAAAAACAAAGCAUAAAAUUGAUAAGAAAACUGAGUUACACAUAUGUUAAACGCACGAAUGCAAAAUGUGAUAUUCGCAAUGAACUAUGUAUGAGUGCGCUGCAAACAAAUAUUAAAUCAAAAUUAACAUCGCAAACAUUUCAAACAUUUCAUAUAAUAAUAUUUACAAUUUACUGACCUGGAAAUUAGUGGAUAACAAAUUUGCAAUCUAGUAAAUGGUGUGAUACAAAUUUAAACAAAAAUCUAAUAUAAUAUAAACGUACGUGGAAGAUAAAAUAUUUGCGUAUUAACGUAAAUUACGACACAAAUAACAACUGCUUGUGAUCUCAAGUAAAAAAAAUUAAAUAUUUAAUUUUAAAAUAUAAACUGAUUGAAUAAAUAAAACGCAAUUUGAUAACGGAAAUGUAAACUUUCAAAAUUCAAAAAUGUAGAAAAUUCACAAUUCUUGUAAAAGAAACUGUACAAAUAUUUUUUUUUUUUGCUUUAAGUUGUAACUAUUAAAGGUUUAAGAAAAUUUUAAAAUAUAAAUCGAAAGCCGCGCGUUUUCAAUUCAGUUUAAAAUACACAUCUGUACGACACGGAAAACAGAAUCAAAAACAACAAAUAGCACAGUGAAAAAUUAUAUAAUAUAAUCCGCCACAAAUAAUGUAUAAUAAUUACAAUUAAAAAACUUUGUGAAUUCUGUUUGCAACUGGCAGUGACAGUAAAAAUAUCAAUUUUUAAAUAAUGAAUUCCAUCAACCCACCAAAGUAAACAAACAAAUAGUUGCGCAUUAUUAUAAUACAAACAAAAACAAAUGUAAACAAAAUGCAAUAAAAGCAAUAAAAAUUAACAACGAGGAAAAAACCAUUUAAGCUGUGACCUUACGCGUGCGCCUAAAUAAUGCGGAAUGACCUUGGGUCACACCUUCAGAUAACCAGGACAACAGCAGUUGCAGCUGCAGACAUGUGCACCAAUAAAGAUAUUAACAUAAAAUCACAAUCAGCAGCGACAUUAGAUAUAAACAUGAAAGCAUUCAUCGGGUGGGGGAUAUGUUCAGCAAUGGCGGCAGUCAAUAUAAAAUCAUUUUUUGUAACAUAUGCCAAAAUUUAUUUUACUUACCAUAAAACAACAAGAUUCUCAUUAUUUGUAUUAAAUUUUAACAAUUUAUAACUUUAAAUUCGUGAGACAAAUUAAUUGUAAAAAUAUGUAAUUUUACAGCUAGUAAUCUUGUACAAUUAAGCGUUGCACUUGCGCCAACACAUCAAGUUCCGAUUUUUUAGCUUUUCUAUAUUUUUGAUUCAGGGGAUUUGUUCUAUGGUAGUAUUUGAUUGCUUUUAUUUUAAAUAAAUAAUAGAAAAUUGAAAACGAAAGUAAAUAAAAGUAGCUCUUUCUUUGUAUCCAACACGAUUUUGACUUGAAAUGCAUUCUCAUAUGUACUUCUACAUAUAAAAUGUGACUAUUUAAAUCAAAUUACUUAAAAAAAACCUAAAAUUUGAAAGUUUUGGCGCGGAUGUUACGUUUUUGUACUUUACAUUUAAAUAUAAUUGUAAUUUAAAUAAUAUAGUUAUAUUUAUUUAUAGUUUUCUAACUUUUAAUUCAGCAUCUUUCAUAGAAACUGUAUAAUUUCAUUACUUAAUAUAUAUUUACAUAAGUCGUCUGGACUGUACUGUAGGUAAUAAUUUGUAUUAUAUUAAAACAAAAAAAAAAAUUGAGAAUGUUUCUCAAUGUAAUUAUAAGAACGUUAACAUUUUGAAAAUUUGUAUUAGCGAAAUAACAUGCUGAAAAGUAUUUGCAGAAAUGACAAACAAAAACCCCAAAGAUAAAUGUUAACAAAUUUUAAAAUAGAAAUUGUAAAUUUUAAAAUGUUUGAUGAUACUUUUCCAUCAUCAAGCAAUGUACAAAUCAUAAAUACAACAAUAGAUAAAAGACAAAAACCAAACGACCACAAGGUCCAAUACAAAAAUGCACUUUAAUUUAUUAUUACAAAACACAAUUUUUGUAAAAGACGCCUGCCAAGUAAUGCAAUUUUGAAGAACUGUUCCUCAAAUAAAUGUACAUUUACAGUUGUUCAUAGAUCCCAGAACCUAGCAAACAUCAUUUCAUUUAAUUCUGUAUGCUCUGGUGUACACAUCCAUGUAUGUAUAUACAUUAAGAAGUGCAAGAGUACAUAUGUAAUAAAACGUCAGUCAUCAAAUUAAUAGCUUACUAAAGCUAAAAAACGCAAUUUUCAAUGAAAGCUAGUCUUUAAUGCAAGCAAAAGUUGUUAAUAACGGGCGUUUAUAUGUAUAUUUUCAUAUAACAAAUUUGGCCAUAAAAAAUAUGAGAAAUUGUAAUUAAAAAUCUAAAAUUGAUUGGAACUAAUUUAAAAAAGAGCCGUAUUAAAGUAACUGCUUUUACGAUGAAAAUUUAAAAUGUAAAUUGAUUACAACUGCCUUAAAACAGUAUCCUGAUGAGUGAUUGUUUGCAGCUAGAGAGGAGCACUUAAGCCCAGUACCUUGUUUUUUUAGUUCAUAAUAAUUUUUUAUUUUUUUUUUGGGGGGGAUACCAGAUAGUUGUAACUGUCUGAUAACUGAUUUAUAUCAAAUUAAAUUGUGAUGGAUUAUUAAGCAUUUGCCGGCAAUACGGUACAACAAAGUCCGAUUUACCAUUAAGAAAAUUAUAAUAAUAAAUAUGUGUGUAUAAAAGAUAUGCUUAAAAAUGGUUCUUGUUUGAACGGCUUYGAAGCAUUCUUCUUAUCACACGUGCGGAUGAUUGGAAAUCAAAACAUCUAGAUAUGUAUGUAGAUAUGUGUAAAGAAGAAGUGAGGAAGAGGUUUCAUUGCACAAUGUCAUAUGUGACCGCAUUGGCAAAUAAAAAGAAUGCUUCGAGAGUCGUUGUAAACAGAAAUUAMUAAAUCUGAACUGCUGUUGCCAAUUUUUGUGAAUAUGAUGCAAAUGUUAGUUGCAAUCUUAAAUGGUAAUUUGAAUUUUGUGAUGCUAUAUACGUAUGUUAGUAUGUAUUGAAUAUAUUGUAUUUUGCUUACUUUUUGUUAGUAAUAUGAAAUUGUAUAUGACACCUGUGUGAACAUACAAUAUAAUUGUUGAACUCCACAAGUAAUCUGUAAUGAUAGUAAUAUAAAAAACUGGACGUUUUUCUCCGACUUCUUCUAGGAAGAAGUCAGAAAGAAUCAACAAAUAUUAAGUUAUUGAAAGCGCACAAUGUAAUAUGUAAACGAAUCUUAGUUGAACAAUGAAAAUUAUUAACAAUAGUCAUGUGACCAGUUGAUGGGUGCGCGAUAAAUAAACUACACAAAUUUGUUAAUUUUUAACAUACAAUUGUAGAUAUGUAUAUGUAUAUUGUAUGUUAUGCAUACAUAAACAAAAAUAAAUUAUUUUGGGUUGGCAGAAAAUUAUAUCCGCACAUAAACCCAAAUAAUCCUUAAGUACA